AUGAAGCUGCCCCUGUUCCAAAUCGGCCUCUGGGCUUUCUACCCCUUGUUCACCAGCACCCUCGGAAUGUCUAUCCCCGUUAGCGACAAGUCCCUCCCUGCCAGAGAGAAUUCGGUUCAGGGUCAUGCUGAUCACGUUAUCCGUGACGAUUCAGCAGCUUGGAAUGUCACAGAAUGGGGACCGACUCGUCGUGACGCCUUGAGUCCUCGUGCUGUGAACCAUUGUGGUGCCUCGACCUUUGUUGACCAGACCAGCAAUGCGUCACCUCUCGUCGACCACUGCUUGCAGAUCAUCCGCAAUAUCCAAGGUGACCCAACCACUAGCUGGAGAACUUCGACAGGCAGACACCGUACCAUUGCAUCACAUGCAACCUGCCGUUUUGGCGUUGAAUCCACUGGCUCUGGAUCCAAUAUAUGGUUCGAUGUUGGAGGAGAAGAUGUUCAGGAUCUCAUCAGGGAUUCGGUCAGGAAGUUUGCCAGAAAUGGCAAAGUUGGUGCCAAGGGCGUCAUGUCCUGCUAUGCGAACAACGGUAGACAACAAGUGCUCUGGGGCAUCUUCUGA